AUUUAAUUAGACAUUUUAUGUCUCAAAAUAAAAAUUUGACAAUCAGUUGUUUUGCUUUCUCGUCUGUGGUGUUCUUAUUUCCUAUUAAUUUGGAUCCAAAUUAAAUAAACAAUGCCAGAAGCAGAAGGUCGGAGCCCUAUGGCUCGUUUCGCAAAUUGCGUUAGUAAUAUGAUUGACGGACCCAUAACGUGGUUUCGUGAAAGCGUUGUUGAGCCUAACCACAAACAUUAUCCAUGGUAUCACCAAAAGUUUAGACGUGUUCCAACUAUUGACCAAUGUUACACUGAUGACAUUGUAUGCCAAUUCGAAGCUGACCAGCAAUUUCGUCGUGAUAGAAUGGUUGAUAACGAAGUCCUAAAUAUUCUCAGACAAAGAUUUGAAGAUUGCAUACUAUAUGAAAAACCAGAUCAUGAAGUUAAAUGUAAAGACGUUUUGGAACAAUAUCAAAAGGCUCAAGAAAAUUGGUUUAUCAAAUAUGGUGAUCUUGGUGCCUAUGGUAACGCCAGAAGCUGUUACAUGAAACAAAAACAUAGAAUGAUUUGGGAAAGACGUCAUGGACCGGUUGGUUCCGGUAUGAAAACUAGUGAGCACGACCAUUGAAACGGUCAAGUAUUGUAGUUAAACUCCGAUAUAAAAUUUUAUUUGCUGUAGCGAAAGUAAAAAAUUAAAGAAAAAUUAAAAUCCGUGGUGAUUUAUAAAUCAAUA